AUGCCAACAAUACGCGUUCUCAUUCUCAUAGCUCUCCACUACAACUGGACCAUCCACCAACUCGAUGUCUCAAAUGCUUUUCUCCAUGGCCAUCUAUCCGACAACAUCUACAUGCAGCAACCUCCAAGAUUUCAAGAUUCCACACAUCCCCAAUAUGUCUGCAAGUUAAAGAAAGCACUCUACGGCCUAAAACAAUCUCCUAGGGAGUGGUACGCCACCCUCUCCAAUCACUUGCUCAACUACGGGUUCCAAAUCAAUGCAUCCGAUCACUCCCUCCUCACAUACAAAUUCGGCAACUCUCGUAUCUACAUUCUUUUCUACGUCGACGACAUUAUGCUCACCGCGAAGACUCUUAUUACGGCUCGGAUCUUGCUUGGGGUUGGGAUCGGUUUCACCAAUCAGUCGAUCCCCCUGUACCUAUCCGAGAUGUCGCCGCCGAAAUACAGAGGAGCCCUCACCGGCGGCUUCGACAUCUGCGUCAGCUUCGGAAUACUCGUCGCCAACCUCGUCAACUACGGUACCCAGAAGAUCAAAGCCGGCUGGGGCUGGCGCAUCUCCCUCUCACUCGCCGCCAUCCCCGCCGUUCUCCUCUUCAUCGGGGUUCUGUUCCUCCCUGAGACUCCCACCAGCAUAAUCCUGCGUCGCGGUGGCAAUCUCGAUGAUGCUCGCCGCGUGCUUCAAAAGAUACGCGGCACGAAAAACGUCGAAAAAGAGUUGGAGGACCUCGCCACGGCGACCACCAAAGCCACCAAGGCGGCGAAGGAGCAGAGACCCUUCCGCCGUAUAUUCCAAAGAAACUACAGACCUCAUCUUGUGAUGGCUCUGUUCCUUCCCUUCUUCCAGCAGGUGACUGGCAUCAACGCGGUGAACUUCUACGCGCCGGUGAUGUUCCGCACCAUCGGGCAGAAGGAGAGCGCUUCUCUCAUGUCAGCGGUGAUCACGCGAUGCAUAUCCUUAAGCUGCACAGUGGUGGCGUCGCUGGGUUUGGUGGACAGAUUGGGCCGAAGGCCUCUGUUUCUCACAGGUGGCUUGGUGAUGUUUGUUGCUCACGUGUUGCUUGCAGGGUUGCUGGCGGCGAAUCUUCAUGACCAUGGAACAGUGAGAACUGGCAUCGCCUACCUGGUGCUCAUAAUAUUGUGUCUCUUCGUGGGGAGCUACGGGUGGUCGUGGGGGCCGCUUGCUUGGCUAGUGACAAGCGAGAUUUUUCCUCUCGAGAUAAGGUCGGCAGGGCAGAGCAUUCAGGUGGCGGUGAACUUUCUCAGCACUUUUGCGGUGGCGCAGAGCGUGCUGGAGAUGCUCUGCGGCCUCAAAUUCGGGACUUUCUUCUUGUUCGCAGGAUUUGUUCUGUUAAUGACGUCGUUCGUCUAUUUUUUGGUGCCGGAGACAAAGGGAGUGCCGUUGGAUCAAAUGGUGAGUGUGUGGAAUCAGCAUUGGUAUUGGAAGAGGUAUGCCCCUGGCGGCGGUGGCGACGAGGAGAAGGACAUUGAGCAAAGGAAGAAGGAGAAGGCCGCCGACGUUCUGUUAUCUGCAGAGUGAGGAUUCACUGCUGGCAAGUAAAAAAUUCCUGUUUUGUUUAAUAAGAAUCCUAAGUUGUUAUUGUGCUAACCAAUUAGCUUCGAUCUCUGUGUAUGGUUUGGGUUCGAGGGUGAUUGAUGUUAAUGUGCAUGCAUCAAUUCCUCAAAAAAGAAAAAAAAAAAAGAAGAAAAAAAGAAUAAUUAAAUAGUAUAUGUUAUUGUAUAAGUACUGAUAUUUAUUGAUUUCUUUUCUAAUUGUUUUAAUAUGUUAA